CGCCGCGUUCAUCUCGUCAGUCACCCCUCCCUCCCCCCCCCCCCCCCCGCAAUCCGCCUACAUUGACUAGCAAGGGCCCCGCGAAAAGAAGCGAUGGCGGAAGGGGAGGGGGCGCGCAUCGCCGAGCAUGCGCUUGGACGUGGCGGUCCAUCUCGGAGCGGCGGUGGCGAAGGAAUUUCCCAUAAACUUCGAGUUGGGCGCUGGGCUGGAGUACGAUUGGGAGGGUUACCAUUUCAAGUGUUUCCACUUUCUAUUGCGGAGUGCAUGAAUCCUGCAUCAAGACAUGUCCGAAGUCAAGCGGAGGAAAGGAAACAUUUCCAAGCCAAACGAAGAUGAACAAAAGAAAGACGUUGUCAAGAGUACCAAAUCCGUGAGGAUGGAUCUGCAAACAGCUUCGAGUUUGUUAUCUCUUGUUGCCAGUCUAGGGCUAGCAUGGUUUCUUUUUCAACAGUCUGUUCAGUUGGCUGCUGUAGAAAAGAAAUAUCGCAUAUUAAAGGAGGAAGCUGUAAAGUUUCAAGAUAUGGAAAAUAAAAUUAGCACAAUCUCUGAAAAGUUUGCAUCUUCGAGCGUCCUGCAGGAGGCUGCUUCAUAUGUUUCCAUGAUAACCGAUUUUGAGCAAGAAGUGUCUAGCCUUCAUAACUUCAUAGAGGAUAUUCAAAAUAGUCAACGGGCAUGUUCUAAAAAGUUUCAGACUCUUAGCAAAACCUUUCAAAAAGUGGUAGACUCCUGGAAGACGAGCACGUCUGAGAUGGAUACAAAUACCAGCAAUUUAAGAUUGGAUACCAAGAUUUUACAUAGUGAAAUAAUUUCCCAGAUCAAUACAAUGGAUCAGGGACUGAAAAAACUUUCUGAAAGACUGAAAGAUCUAGAAGACAGUACAAUAAUGAAUCUUAAAACAUUAAAUGGGCAAGAGGAAACUGAACUGCUAAGGAUUGAACAGCAGCUGCAGUUGGAUAAAAACACAGCUGAAUUAUUAAAAGAAGAGCACAACAGUCUUUUGGUCAGAAGUAAUGAUCUGUACCAGAAACUUGUAUUUUCUGAACACAAACUGCAGGAAUGCAAGACCUAUUUACCAGUAAUCGAAAAUGCUAUUUAUUCCAUUCUUAGACUAUCAAGUGAGCUUGUUGCUGCAGAGAUUAAAAAAGAAGACAUGAUCACAAAGGUAAUCAGUGUAGAAAAUGAAAUAAUGAAAGCUACUACUGAAAUAAUGAACAUACAGAAUACUCUUGAAGACAUGCAAUCUGAAGAUAGCUGAAUAAAAAAUGAAGUAGCAUCUUAAUAUCACAGAAUCAACCAUUAAUGUUACAAGCAAAGCUUAAAGAUUUUGCAAAAGUAGCAGAACAAGCCCACCAUAGUGUGAACAGUAUUGAUAUUGGCAGCUGUAUAAUCUUAAUGUUUCUUUGGCUAUCUUUUUUUUUUUUGGGAGACACAUGUAUACAAAGAAAAUAAAUACUAGAAGAUUUGUUAAAAUUGUUAAAAUUCAUACUGGAAACAUCUCAUAUAUUUUUAUAGACAUGUUGCAAAUAAUUUGGUGAAUAUUAAGCUCAUCUUUUUGGUUAUAUGUUAUUGAGUCACAGUUUCAGUUUCGAUCACAAAGAUCUUCAGAAUGAUUUGUCAUGAACUUGAUUCUUCAGGACUUACAGUUGCCAUUGUAAUCAAGCUCUUGCUGCAAGUUGACCUUCCACCUGUCUCAACAUUAUAGAUUUCUUAAGAGAUAUAGAUCUUUGCAUAAAAUAUCUAAUAGCUGAUAAUUUUAGUAUGGUUAUUUGUGCCUCGUGAGAGCUCUCAUAGAGAUUUUGUGUAUGAUCCAUUUGUUUUCCUCACUAUCCAUGGUAUUCUCAGGAGUCUAAUCUCACAUCAAAAUUCAAAAGCAUCCGUACUGAUUCUACACUACUUCAGAUCCAACUUUCGUUUCCCUAGACCAGGGGAAAAAAUUGCCUGCAUGAUACAUCCUGGCAUUUUGAGUAUCUUUCCUAGGCCUUCACUGCUGCCUUAUCAAGUACUGCACAGUGUGCGUGUGUAUAUAUAUAAAUUCUGGUUUAUUUAUUAGUGAUAUAAAAGGCAGAAAUUAUCUAUUACCUCAAUGUUUUCACAGUCACAUUCUAAAUAUUUAUUUUGAUUUCUUUAUAAAUUACAGUAAUUUUUUCACUGUUCCUUUUAUUAGAAAGAAUCAGAUUACUUGCAGAUCAUCCAUAUUUUCAGCUAUCAGAAUAGUGUCAUCAGUUGUGUGCAGCUUGUUGGUGUUUCUUAAGCCCAUCCAGAUGGUGGCUUUUUGUGCUAUGUACAAAUUACGCAUGAGGACCGGGAUGAUUCCCAUUUUCUUAAGAAUUACAAGUCUAAUUUGGUGAAAGAAUGCAAAAUGAUACUGAUGGUAAACUUGAUAGGCUCAAUAAAGUAUUUGAAAUUUUA